AUGGAACUUCAAAAACGAGAAGAGGAGAAGGAAACUACGGAGGAGAUUAUACCAUAUCCGGAAUCUUCAUUAUCGCACAACACGAAAAGCAUCGCCAUGUCAUCCACGACUGUGCGUACUCCGGAAGCACGUGUCGGUGCCUCCACGUCCAGAGAUUGCGAGAAUACAUUACAACAUCCGACAACGCCGAAGAAAUCGAUCGGUGGACAAACUCGCAAAUCAGUGACAUUUCAGAAGGAGAAUUCAAGCUCUGCGAAGCGGCAAAUAAUUGAUUUGAGCGAGGACAAGGAGUACAUUCCAGGCACAUUGUACAAGAACGCAGUGGAGGAAGAAAGCAAACCCGAGAUAGAAGUCCCGAUGCCUUCCAAGAAGAAAUCAUUAAUGAUGAAGCGCCGUCGUCUAAGCGAGGAAGAACAGAGUCAGGACGAGGAAUCGGAGAAAGAAGAGGACUUCUCUUGUAUGGUCGCCAAUCUUGCCCGAGCUCACUCAUUAGUACAAAAUACUGGCAAAAUCUUUCAAACUAUAUCGAUAAAGGAGGACGAUGGAUAUAUCAAUAUAUCGCCGCCGGGAGAGCAUGGGUUGAAUCUGAUAAAGUUAGCCCUUUACCCCUUCAAAGAUUGCGCGAGAUUAACAAAGAAUCGUUACUGGACGAAGAGGACAUUCACGUCACUAGCAGUGAUCUCUGGCGAGGAUUCUCCUGUGUACAAAUCGGCGAUGAAGCUGAGAAAAUUAAUAACUCAACAAGUAAUGAGCCUCGACAAUAUAAAGGUGGAAAAGAAAAGUCAAACAGGCUGGAAAAGUUUC